AAACUCGUAACCGAGUCAGAAGAACGUACCAGUUUCAGCUCCAGAUCUAAAAUCUAAAGCAGCAAUGGUGAAGCAGAGGAAUUCGCGCGUUGCAUCUCGGAAGUCGUCUUCUUCGACACUGGUUUUCACCAUGCUUAUCAUGUUCACUUUCGUGAUUUUGAUUCUCCUUGGGUUCGGCAUCCUCUCGAUUCCUAGCAGCUCCAACGAUUCCCCCAAAGCGCACGAUUUGAACUCGAUUGCGCGCAAAACUAUAGAGAGAAGUGAAGAAGAAGAAGAAGAAGAAGGGAGAGGAGAGCAGUGGGUUGAAGUAAUCUCAUGGGAGCCUAGAGCUUUUGUUUAUCACAAUUUUUUGUCCAAGGAGGAGUGUGAGUACCUAAUCAAUCUUGCCAAGCCUCAUAUGCAGAAAUCAACUGUAGUUGAUAGUGAAACUGGCAAGAGUACAGAUAGCAGGGUGCGUACAAGCUCUGGUACUUUUCUGCAAAGAGGACGCGACAAAAUUAUUCGGGACAUUGAGAAAAGGAUAGCAGAUUUUACCUUCAUACCAGUUGAGCAUGGUGAAGGGCUUCAAAUUCUCCACUAUGAAGUUGGACAAAAAUAUGAACCUCACUUUGACUACUUCAUGGAUGAGUUCAAUACUAGGAAUGGGGGCCAACGCAUAGCUACAGUCCUUAUGUACCUCUCAGACAUUGAAGAAGGUGGGGAGACAGUGUUUCCUGCUGCCAAGGGGAACUUCAGUGCAGUGCCUUGGUGGGAUGAAUUAUCUGAAUGUGGAAAGAAUGGACUUUCUGUCAAACCAAAGAUGGGGGAUGCUUUACUUUUCUGGAGCAUGAAGCCUGAUGCAUCUCUGGAUCCUUCAAGUUUGCAUGCUGGCUGCCCGGUGAUUAAAGGGAAUAAGUGGUCAUCUACCAAGUGGAUGCGUGUGAAUGAGUAUAAGGUUUAAACUAAAGUUAAAGAGGAUGAUAAUGAUUGUACUUUCAAACAUCUAGUGAGAACUCUGCUACCAUUGCUAUUCAAGUGGUCAACAGCUCAGUGCCUCCCUGCAUAGAUUUUGAUGUAUCGUUGUCCUCUCUCUAGCUUGCACCGCUGUCCCAACCUUCUUUCUUUUCAUUUUCUUUCCAUUCUUCUUAAACGAGAUCCCUUGCAUAUGAUACUUCCCCUAAGAGAAUAAAACGUUGAAAUUUUACUGGUAAUCUUACCAUGUGGCCUAGAACGCAUUACUUAUUAACUUAUUGUCAAGACUUGAGAAAUGAUAUUCUUGUACCUAUUGGAAGGGCGGAAAGUGUUUAUUCAAUAUAUCAGUGUUCUUUUA